UACUCUCCGCGAGCGAUGGUCGUGCCAGAAUCGUGCUUCAUUCACGGCCGAGCGCCGCACGUCCCUUCAAAAAAAUCCCGAGUGUUAUGGUUUCCCGUCGGGUGCUCCCUGGAAGUCCCCGCAUCCGAGUUGCCAAUCUUUAAAGCAGACCUCCCUCCCUGUGAUCCGCGCCCGCCCGCCCGUCGGUGUUUGUUUUUCUCUUCCUACAAAUAUAGCGCAGGGCGUCCUUGCGAGCAGGCGGAAGAGGCCACUGCCAGCUCAAGCGCAUCACAGUGUUGCAGUUUUCCGCCAAUCAUGUCAGCCUUAAGUGGAGUUCCAGAUGUGGCCUUGGAGGUUGGACGCAGCCGGUAUAUACUGCUGAAAGUGUACUUAAAGGAUGACGAAGAAACCUACAAGUACGUCGUCCGUGGCUCUGUACUAGCCGCUAACCAUACAGAGGUGCUCGAGAAGGAGACUGCUGUAUUGAAUGCGGCCGGCCUGGAGUGCGAAUGCCUUGGCGGCGGAUACAUCAUCCACCUCCCAGACACGAAGGAGCUUAAAGUUUACGGCAACUCGCAAACCUACGGGCAAGCGGACCAUGCCAAGACAACGGAGAUACUGAAGAAGCAAUACCCAACUUACAGCUCAGUCACUUGGAGCAACGAUGCCAUUGUGUAACAGUAUGUGUUGAAGCAGGGUGCAAGUUUUGGAUAGUUGGUUGGAAUAUAUUCAGACAGACAGGGAAAAGAAAAUCAACACCCACUGAAGAGUUUUCUCGGUCGCACUGUUGUGUCUAAACGUUCGUACACGAGACUUGCUUCAAACGGACUGCCUUGGUUGUUAACAGUGUUACAAACACAACAUGGUAAAUAAAGUGAGAUCAGCCUAUUGUCUGUGAAUAGAAAAAAAACAUAAGUUUAUUGUACAGAGAUGACAAACAAGAGCCCCAGAGACCCCAAAUGAAAUGAUAGAAACAAUGGCCCUCCUGACCCCACAAUGCCUCAUAAUUCUUCCUUGGCCUUCUUUGCACCAGAACGGUCAAAGCCCUUGAGCUCAUCAGUGGCAUGCUUGGCAAUGUACUUGAUGAAUUCAUCAUGGUCCCGGCCGCCAUCAUACCUCUUCGGGUUCUCUUUGUCAUUCUUUGGUAGCCAGUACAGAGUAGGAAAGCUGAAAAUGAGUGGGCAGAAAUACUUUAACAUGUGCCAAGUGCCCGUCCAACAGCAGUACCAUGAACAGAUAGUGUACUGUACGUGCCAGCAUAUUGCCAAUUACUCACCCUGUGACUUCGAACUUUGAAUGAACGUCAUUGGCAGUGGCGUCCAUCUUGACAAUUUCAACAUCCUCGCCAGCAAGCUGGAAAAGAAUGAGAUCAUUGUAGGCACCAGUUGCUCACUUGAC